AUGGGGAUUGAACCUAAUUUUCCAGAAAAAUGCAUCAUAAAAGGAACAAGACAUUUUGAUGAUGAAAGUGCACCCGAAGAAGCACCGCCAUCAGGUAAGGAUUCCUUUAGAGUUAACUAUUUCAAUUACAUAUUAGAUCAAGCUAUAUCGUCAAUCACUAGUAGAUUUGAACAAUUUCAAGAGUUCGCAGAAAUUUUUGGAUUCUUAUAUAAUGUUGAUCAGUUGCGUUUUCUUGAUGAUGAUAUCUUAAUGGCUUUUUGUAUCAAUCUUGAAAAUCAUCUAAAGCAUGGUAUGAGUUCCGAUAUUAAUGGGCAUGACUUAUAUGCGGAAUUGAAAGUUUUGAAAAGUUAUCUGCCAGCCGAAACCCGUAAAGCAAUUGAUGUAUUGAAUUUCAUAAAGGAUAUGAAAGGUUGCUACCCGAAUGCGUUUAUUUCAUACCGAAUCUUAUUGACAAUUCAAGUUACAGUCUCCUCGGCCGAACGAAGUUUUUCGAAGUUGAAGUUAAUUAAGAAUUAUCUUCGGUCUAUGAUGUCACAAGAAAGGUUGAAUUGGUUAGCAAUGUUAUCUAUUGAGAUUGAGAUGUUAGAUAACAUUGAUUUUUAUAGUAUAAUUGAAGAUUUCGCAUCGGAAAGGGCAGGAAGAUCAGUUUUUAUCAUGAGAUAA